CAAGAAAGCUUUAAAAAAAAAAGAUUAGUUUGCCACCUCUUGUCAACUUUCUUGAAACUCAAAUAUUUUUUUUUCUCUCUCUUUGAAUUUUGAAGUUUAAUUCAAACUUCUCAUUUUAUAUUAUAAUUGUUAGGACUUUGUAGUUAGUCUUAUACUAUAUAGUAUAUACUAGAUUUUGUUAUCAAGUCCCUUUAUUUAGUGAAGUUGUUACAUGUGUAUACUCAAGGUGGCGAAUUUUAGAAGCAAAAGGGACAGGGAAAGAGAUGAUGAGAGCUCUAAUUUUAAUGUGUUGGGAUCGACGUUUUCGGGUAAUAUUAACAGAGAAGAAGAAAUGUCUGUGAUGGUUUCUGCACUGACACGUGUCGUUACUGGUGAAGAUAGAGUAUUAAUGGAUCAUCAAGGAGAUAUUGGUGCAGCUAAUUCGAAUAAUAAUAAUAUUGGUUCAUCUUUGUGUGAAUUUUCUGGAGGUGUUGGAGAGAAAAGGGGACGUGAAGAGCAACACUUUUUGUCUGAUAUUAGUUCACCAUCAGGUGGGGAAAGUUCAAAUGUUAGGACUACUGCAAGCGACACACCAACAUCAGAAGCAACAUUCAUAUAUACUACUCCUACAUAUGAUAAUAAUAACACCAUUAUUGAUCAUAAUCAACCAAGAAGAAGAUAUAGAGGAGUGAGACAAAGGCCAUGGGGAAAAUGGGCAGCUGAAAUUAGAGAUCCAUACAAAGCUGCUAGGGUUUGGCUUGGAACUUUCAACACUGCUGAAGAUGCUGCUAGAGCUUAUGAUGAAGCUGCACUAAAAUUUAGAGGCAGCAAAGCUAAACUCAACUUCCCUGAAAAUGUUAGACUUGUGCCUACUUCAAUUCCGCGUCACAAUGCCGUUGGUAAUAUGAGAUUUACAACGGAAAAACAGUUCCCUACGAGCACAUUUCCCACGGAUUCGGUGGACAAUAAUUUGGAAUUUUCGAUGGAAAAGCAAUUCCUGAAGAGCACAUCUCCCAAGAGUUCCGCGGAAAAUAAUUUGGAAUUUUCGACGGAAAAACAAUUUCUGACAAGCGCACUUCCCACGUAUUCCGUGGGAAAUACCCUUUACACUGCUUCUUCUUUCCCUAAUAAUAAUCCUAUAGUUCACACUCAAUUAGCCGAUAAUAAUAGUGACAUAGACCCUCAGUUUUUCUUGAAUGAUGAUUAUCAAAGGUUGCAUUCAUCUCCAAGUUUGUUAAACCAAUCCAUGUUUUCUACUACAUUACAAUACUCUUCUUCUUCAUUGUCGUCGUCUUCUUCUUCUUCUCAAGCGCCUUUUAUUCCCUUUAUGUUUAUCCAGGGUUCUCAACCUACCGGUCAGAGUAGUGCAAGUGAUUUUCGGGAUACUUCAUCGGAUUCAGCUCAUCACCCUUCUUCUUCUAGAAAAUCUAAUAGUCGUGACUAGUUAGAGAUUUAUGUUUAUCACUUCAAUGUGAUUUUUGAAUGGAUUGUGAAACCAGAACCGGUCUACAUAGUGAACAAUGUAGGUGGACAAAGUUCUCUUUACCUUUUUGGCUAAGUUGUUGAGAUAUAAAUCUUGAGUGGGAUCUUAUAAAAUGAGAGUUAUUUUUUGGAAAUUUCUUGUUUUAACAAGAAGAACAACAAGAUGAUGUUGAUAUGAUGAAAUAAGCAAUGAUUAUGACAUAAUGUUUGUCUAUCU